CGCCCCACGGCUGAAGCACUGCCCCAGACUCAGGCAGAGGGCCAGCCAUGUCCAGCCCAGGGCUCCUGCUCCUGCUCUUGCUGCUGUCAGCGUCACCACCGCUGCGACCCUCCUCGCUGGCACGGCCGGAAACCCCAGAAGGCAAAGCCACCAUCACAGGCCUCAUCCUCUCCGCGCUGGAGAGAGCCAUUUCCUUCCUGGAGAAGAGGCUGCCUGAAAUCAACCUGGAUGGCGUGGUGGGGUUCCGGGUGCUGGAAGUGCAGCUAAAAGGUGUUCAGGAAAAAUGGGCUCGGGACCCCCAGCUGCAGCCGCUGAGCCUGAGUGUGGAGAAGCUGGUAGAAAAACUAGCACCUCUCCUUCACAGAUCCAUUUUCUACCUCGAGCUGAGUGACCCUAAGUACCUAAGAGAGUUCCAAUCAACCAUCCAGCCUGGGUUUUGGAAGCUUCCGCGUGCCUGGACCUGCACAGAUGCCUCCAUGGUCUACCCCACGUUUGAGACUCAGGACUCCUUCUCAGAGGAAAGCAGUGACUCGUGUCUGGUGCAGCUGCUGGGAACAGGGACCGACGGUGGCCAGCCCUGCAGGCUCUCAGACUUCUGCAGGACACUCAUGACCAAGCCCGGCUGCUCAGGCUAUUGCCUGUCUCACCAGCUGCUCUUUUUCCUCUCAGCCAGAUUGAAGGGAUGCACGGAGGGGCUGUUCCGCCACAGCCAGCACUACAUGAACCUCUUUUGUGCCAACAUGAUGGACCUGAACCAGAGAGCUGAGGCUAUCGGAUAUGCGUACCCAACCCGGGACAUCUUCAUGGAGAACAUCAUGUUCUGUGGAAUCAGUGGCUUCUCAGACUUCUACAAGCUCUGGUGGCUGGAGGCCAUUCUCAACUGGCAGAAGCCAGAGGAAGGAUGCUUCGGGAGGCCUGCUGCUGAAGAUGAAGAAUUAUUGACAGCCAUUCAACACCAACAGCACGUUUUAAGAAGAGUGAAGAGGCGAGAAAAACAAUUUACAGAUGGCUGCUCCUCCCACAACACAGCCAUGGCUGUCGCAGCCCUGGGCGGCUUCCUCUACGUCCUGGCAGAAUACCCCCAGCAAAUGGAGAGCUGUGGCAGUCCACCCUGGCACGACCCCGCGGCCACUGAGACAAAUGGUUCCACUCCUGCCACUGGAAGAUAAGACAGAUGCCUUUAGUCCUUCCUCCCUUAAAUCCUGGGUGCCUGGGUCAUACCUUGACCAGGAGGUAGCUAAAGACGCAGACUAGCCAAGCAACCCAGCUUCUCCGCACCGAGCAGGGCCAGGGAAGGUGAGGCUGGGAUGGAUCCAGGCGUAGAAGCAGAGAAAUAAAUUCAGAGUGCAGUCGA